CAAACGAGUUUUGUCCCUUUAUGACAAUCGGCGCCGGAUUUGUAAAUUUAAUUCAACAGUGAUAGACUCUAUAUAAAGGCUUGAAUGUUAAAAUGUUAAAAGCAAUUGAGAACCAGAACACCACCCUUAUAAAGGAUGUAGAUAUGUUAGACAAGCAGUUGAAGUUGUUGUUGGAGACUGCAUCAGUGCGUUGUAUACCAGGUGGAGAGGGAAGGCCAGCUGAUCAUGUGGAUGUUGAUGUGCUGAGAGGCAAAUGUCAGGACAUGGAGGCACAGAUCACCACACUCAACAUGGACUCCAUACUCUUGCUGCCCAAUGAUCACGAUGUCCGCUACCACGUUCUGAAGAGAGACUUGGAAACACGAAUCAGGCAGUACAGGGAAUGCCUUGAAUUUCUGGAGUAUCAGGACAAAUAUUUGGAUCAACAAUAUGAAAGUGAGGAAAUGAAGAAAGAAGAGUUACAGGCAAUAAUUAGAGUUGCAACAUCCAAACUGUCUGAGACCAACUCCUACAAGCCAACACGUGAGGAAGUGUGUGACCGAAUACAGAAGAAAUGUGACACAUUGGGAAAGAUUAACAACGAACGUAGAAAACAAAUGAACGAAUUUCUUGACAAGAAUUUUCCAUUGCCAGAUGAGGCUACGUUCAGCAAAGUGAAAAGAAAGACAGUAGAAACAGUGAAUGGCAGACAACUGACCCGAAGAGAGAACCUGCUGCCCUUGAAAACACUGGUCCAGAUGUUGAUUUCGAGGUGUAUUGACAAUCCCAACGACCCAUACCUUGAGCUGGACCACACAUGCUGGCCUCUGUAUGUAGAACUCCUGCUGGCAUGUGGAGUCACCUUGCUGCAUCCUGUUGACUCUAACAGACUCAAAUUAAUGCCCUUUCACCUCUAGUGUUUACUGGACAGUGGAACAUUGAUGUCCUUUCAUCACUACUGUUUUACUGGACAGUGUAACAUUGAUGCCCUUUCAUCACUAGUGUUUACUGGACAGUGUAACAUUGAUGCCCUUUCAUCACUAGUGUUUUACUGGACAGUGAAAUAUUGAUGCCCUUUCAUCACUAGUGUUUUUACUGGACAGUGAAAUAUUGAUGCCCUUUCAUCACUAGUGUUUUACUGGACAGUGAAAUAUCGAUGCCCUUUCAUCACUAGUGGUUUUACUGGACAGUGUAACAUUGAUACCCUUACAUCACUAGUGUUUUACUGGGCAUGGGGACAGUGUCACAUUGAUACCCUUUCAUCUCUAGUGUUUUACUGGACAACAGAACAUGGUUACUUAUUUAUUGCACUUGUAACCAAGUUUGAUAAUACCCUUUGUUUAUCUAAGACAUCGUAUGCCAGUAUGUAUGACUGUUUAGUUACAUUUUCAGUUUCAUAAAGUGAUGGUAGGGAGGAACAGUGACAUUAGGGAGGAACAGUGACAGUAUUUUAUUUAUUUUUAUGACCCAAAUACAAGGUUAAGGGAGUAUAUAUAGGGAAUCUAUUAUCACUAUGCAUGUCUGCCCAUCUGUCAGUUAGACUGUGUGAUUGUACAUACAGAUAUGUCAAGAUAAGUUUUACACAGCUUUUACUCAGCGUACAAAAUUCAAACUCAAGUCUUUUUCAACUCUAAAAACUUCUAAUUAAUGCCCAAUGGUUUGAAACUGAACUCAUUUUUAGCUCAUCUAUUUUUUGGAAAAAAAAAGAACUAUUGUCAUCACCUUGGCGUCAGAGUCGGCGUCCGGUUAAGUUUUGCGUUUAGGAUACUCAUAAAGUAUCAAUGCUAUUGCAUUCAAACUUGGUACACUUACUUACUAUCAUGAGGGGACUGGGCAGGCAAAGUAAGAUAAUUCUGGUUUGCAUUUUGACAGAAUUAUGUGCCCUUUUUAUACUAAGAAAAUUGAAAAUUUUGGUUAAGUUUUGUGUUUAGGUCCACUAUAGUAGUGGGGGACAUAUUGUUUUUGCCCUGUCUGUUGGUUGGUUGGUUGUUGGUUUGCGCCACCAUUAACAUUUGCAAUAACUUUUGCAAUAUUGAAGAUAGCAACUUGAUUUUUGGCAUGCAUAUGUAUCUCAUGGAGCUGCACAUUUUGAGUGGUGAAAAGUCAAGGUCAAGGUCAUCCUUCAAGGUCAAAUAUAUGGGUCAAAAUCGCUCAUUUAAUGUACACUUUUUC